UCGGAGUCAUGACGCCGUCCAUUGUGGUUGUGUUGGCAGCGUUUGCUGUGUUGGUUGCACUGGCGAGCAAAGACGACAACCACUUGUUCCACGAGCAUUAUGCGCGCGCCAAUGCUUUCAGAUGCCGGACGCCUCGUCCCACUGCCGUCUCUGCCAAUGACCUGUUGCCCGCCUCGGCCUCAGGAAAGCUGUACGUACCUCAGGCUACGGUGCUAUCUCGAUGUGACCACGGCAGUGGCUGCUGCCUCAACCGUCCUGGAGCAUCCUGCGUCCCCGCCCUGGAGGAGACAGUCUGGUUGCCCUUUCAGGUCACAUAUGUAGUCGCCGUAGGAUCCAUCGCUCGGGGCACGAUCCAGGUGGAGCAGGUUCCCGCCAUCAACCACACCCGAUGCUACUGCCGACACCCGUCUAAUGAUGACCCGAGGUAAAUCAGAGCAAGGAUCACUGCUGUCAUCUAUCCCAGACUUCUGCCUCUGCUUCAUCUGUAAACGUUACCUUAGUUACUGAGUUAGCAACAGUUAAAUGAAUGUAAUACUUUGUGAUUUUUUUAUAAUAGUACGAUUAUACUUUCAGUUAAACAUUGGAUAUUGACGAAUGGAAACUUCCAAACAGACAUAAAUUACAUUUUAAAUUUAUUAAAUAUGCAGAACAAAUAAAUUAUAAAAUUCAAAUAGAUUUGGUUGCUCUGAUUUUAAUCGACAUUGUCUUAUUUGUGAAUGUUUCACACAUAUAUAGAGUUUUACUAUGAAAAGUGAACCGGUCACUGAAUAGUUAUAAUAUUUGCGUUAAUAUUUUAUUUAAAGUUUUGUAAAUGUAUAUAAAAUAUUAUUUGGUUAAGAAUCUAUACUGUUUAAAAACUAAUAAUUAGCAAUGUUUAAUGAUUUUCAGUGUUAUGAUGACUGUUUUCUUUACAUUAUUUACUGGUAUAAACAUGUGUAGCUUGUGAAUCUAUGAAAUUUAUUUAUCAAAAUCAAAUUUAUUUUUUGUUAUAUAUUAAAAUAUGUAUUAUUGACUAGCAGUGUUUCCUGUUGGUUGUAAGCACAACAAAUAUAACUCUUACAAUUUAACGUCUGUGAUAUUAUGAAGUAUUUAAUAUAAUUAAUUAACUAUGGAACGGAUCUAGUUAAUUUGAUAAGAUCUACUAUUUAUUUAUAAACCUAUGAUUCCAUGUGUGUGCUAUAUAGCUUUCUAUGUUGGAAACAUAAAUAAUUAGCAACAA